UGCCUCUCUGUCUCCAUCCCUCUGUCUCCAUCCCUCUGUCUCUCUAGCAGGUUACCUGUCCUUAGGUGUGACACUUGGACCCAGAGGGACACAGACAGACACCCCGGUCUGCAGUUGGUGUAGCAGAGAGAGAACAUGGCUUUGUCGUUUAAGAAAGACCUGGAGAAGUACAAGGAGAUUGACGAGGAUGAGAUCCUUAACAACCUGUCAGAGCAGGAACUCAAACAACUGGAGACUGCUCUGGAGGAGAUGGACCCAGAGAAUGCAUUGCUGCCAGCGUCGAUGCGUCAGAAGGACCACACAGUGAAAGCAGCCACCGGCCCCUACAGCAGAGAGAAGCUACUCAGUUUUCUGGAGAAGGAGGCCCUGGAGUACAAAGACAGAGAUGAUGUUGUGUCUUUCUCUGGAGAGAGGAAAGGCAAGGCAUUUGUUCCAAAGCAGCGGCCCAUCGAGUCUCGUCAGGAAGAUGUAACGACCCUUGACCCGGAACUAGAAGAGGCCCUGUCCAGUGCUACCGACACUGAGCUCUGUGACCUGGCAGCGAUCCUAGGUGUCCAUACCCUGGUGACCAGCACCCAGAGCUACGAUGGAACCAGCAGUAAAGACGGAGGAUACAACAACGUGGUGAAGGGGGAGAAGAUGACCCCAGUGUUUGAUGAGCCUCCUAACCCCACCAACGUAGACGACACUCUGCAGAGGAUAAAAAACAACGACGCUGCGCUGACGGAGGUUAACCUCAACAACAUCAAGAACAUUCCCAUUCCCACGCUGAAGGAGUUUGCCAAGGCCAUGGAGAGGAACACACACGUCAAGAAGUUCAGCCUGGCCGCCACACGGAGCAACGACCCCAUCGCUGUGGCGAUGAGUGAGAUGCUGAAGGAGAACAAGUGGUUGCGGAGUCUCAACCUGGAGUCUAACUUCAUCACCAGCGCUGGUGCUGCCGCCCUGGUGGACGCUCUCCGAGACAACGACACACUGACGGAGAUCAAGAUAGACAACCAGAGGCAGCAGCUGGGGACUUCAGUAGAGAUGGAGAUGGCUAAGAUGCUGGAGGACAACAACAGCAUAGUGAAGUUUGGCUACCACUUCUGUCAGCAAGGCCCACGGGCUAGAGCUGCUGCUGCUAUCACCAAGAACAAUGACCUGAUCCGCAAGAGGCGAGUGGAAGGGGACCAGUAAGGGGCGGAGCCUGUCCUGUCUCCCAGCCUGUCCCGUCGUCUCAUCUCGCCGUAUGGAAUAAAUUUUCAGCCAAUCCCCUGGUCUCAUCUCACCGUGGCGUGCGUGUGGACGUUGUGCCAAAACCCGGAGCAAGGCGCCCUCAACCAGACAGGGACUGAGUCCCAAAUGGCACCCUUGUUCCCUACGUAGUGUACUACUUUUGACCAGAGCCCUAGGGGCUGUGAUCGUGUACUAUAGAGAAUAGGGUUCCAUUUGAGACUCAGCUAACAUCAUCUAUCUGAGAAGAAGAUAAAUAACUGGAAUAACCCUCUCCUCUAGUACCUACAUAUCUAUACAUACAUGUUGUUAUUAUUAUUAUUGUUUAUUAUACUAUUGUUAGAACUACAGCUGUACAUCUUAUUGUUGAGUUUUUUUCAGUUCAUUUCAGGCGCUUUUUUCUUUUCUCUGAAUGAUUAUUGUUAUUAUUAUUUUUUUUACUGUGUUUAUAGCAACAUGGACAGUACUGUAACCUAACCAAGUAACCAUGGGUUUAAACAUACUAUCCUAACCUCUGACCUCUAACCCCUACAGUGGUAUAGGGCCCUGACCUCCAAUCUCUUGGUUCUGAAAGCUCUUGGUUCUGAUCUGUAGAUCGGUGCUUCCUAGACAGUGGGAAGAGAGAGUCAGGACCCACUGGUCACCUCUAGCAGACUGGUUCACCUGGUAGGACUGUCUGUUAACCUCCUGGGUUGGCCUGGUAGGCCUGUCUGUUAACCUCCUGGGGUGGAUGUGGUGGGUUGUCCUGGUAGGCCUGUCUGUUAACCUCCUGGGGUGGAUGUGGUGGGUUGUCCUGGUAGGACUGUCUGUUAACCUCCUGGGGUGGAUGUGGUGGGUUGUCCUGGUAGGGCUGUCUGUUAACCUCCUGGGGUGGAUGUGGUGGGUUGUCCUGGUAGGCCUGUCUGUUAACCUCCUGGGGUGGAUGUGGUGGGUUGUCCUGGUAGGACUGUCUGUUAACCUCCUGGGGUGGAUGUGGUGGGUUGUCCUGGUAGGGCUGUCUGUUAACCUCCUGGGGUGGAUGUGGUGGGUUGUCCUGGUAGGCCUGUCUGUUAACCUCCUGGGGUGGAUGUGGUGGGUUGUCCUGGUAGGACUGUCUGUUAACCUCCUGGGGUGGAUGUGGUGGGUUGUCCUGGUAGGGCUGUCUGUUAACCUCCUGGGGUGGAUGUGGUGGGUUGGUGCAGCUGUAGUGAACUCUGAGGAGUGUAUGAGAACAGCUGCCUUUCUGGAAAAGUCUCAAGCCCUGAAGAACGUUUAUAGAUGUCUUAAUACUGUCGUAAAGAAUUUAAAGUCUUAAAGAAUUAAACAAGUCUUACAAUUAAUAAUACGGUGGUUCUCUUUCAAUCUCAACAGUUUGUUUUUUUAAUCGAUUCAGACUCAGAUUUAAUGGGUUUAUUUUAUUUCCCUCUUAAUGUCGCUGGGAAACGUAUGUAGAUGUUAUUUAACCAAGUAAAUAUGAUGAGGUUUUUAAUCCACGAUGGUGAAGCGUUGACCUGAUCUUCUGCUGUCCUCUGUUAUUGGUCUGGCGUGAACGUCAGCUCAACCAAUGGGCUUCUCCGAUACUGAACCAUGCCAAAGACUAAUAUGCAGCGCUUACAUUACGUACUGGACUUGUGAGGAGAUACAACUCCAUGUCACUAUAUUCUCUUUAGAUGACACAUAUCCUGUCAGAGAGUAGGCCAGAUUAGACAGAACACAACAUCUGGGUUCAUUACACUUAUUAUUUUAAUUUGACGUGCACAGUGUCGUGUACAAUGUCGUCAUCGUUUGAUGUGCACUGUGUUCCUUCUCUCUGCUGGGCUGUUGUUGCUAACGGUGAUGGAACAAGCAAAGAUGGCCGUCAGUGGAGCAGUGUCUGUGUGAAGGAAUGCCAUGGCAUUGAGAGAGACGCAGGAGAGAGCUCCACACCACACAGUGGUCUGGAACAGGCUCCUAGCCCUGGCAUGCUACUCAUUAUGGAUGAAAGCAUGCUGUGUUAAACUCAGCUGGAUUCUCCUGAGAACACUAGCCUACUGUAAAACAGACAAUAUACAGCCUGAUGUUGACACUCACCAUUUAUAGAGAAUUACAAACUGGGUGGUUCAAGCCCUGAAUGCUGAUUGGCUGACAGCUGUGGUAUAUUAGACCGUAUACCACGGGUAUGACAAAACAUUUAUUUUCACUGCUCUAAUUACGUUGGUAACCAGUUUAUAACAGCAAUAAGGCACCUCGGGGGUUUGUGAUAUAUGGCCAAUAUACCACGGCUAAGGGCUGUGUCCAGGCACUCCGCGUUGUGUCGUGCUUAAGAACAACCCUUAGCCGUGGUAUAUUGGCCAUAUACCACACCCCCCCGGGCCUUAUUGCUUAAUUACAGGCUGGCCUCCUGGACACACAUGAAUCCUACUCCUAGACCAAAACUGCUGUCUGUGUCCAGGAAACUGGUCCUAUGUGUUAAUGUACUAAUCUGGUGUAGGAAGUCAUCAUGUUGUGAUCAUGUGGUUUGUCUGGACCAAUACUGUGGUCAUGUUUCAUUUCUUAAUCAUAUCUGGUGAACCAGACAGUCAGCCAGCCAGCCUUGAUUCUGUGGGUGGGAUAGAGCGAUGUGAUUGGUUGACUAAGGUUAUUUGGAGUGAUGCUGUCUGCUAUACUAUAAUGUCUGAAUCCCAAAUGGUUCCCUGUUCCUUAUAUGGUGUACUUCCUGUUGACCAGGGCCCAUCGGGUGUAACCCAGGCGAUAGUAACCUGGCUCUGUGCUCUGCUCUGUCCCAUACUCUGAUCUUAAUCAUGUAUAUUGUUAUAGUUGACCAUCUCAAAAUGUUUACCCUCACAUACAUUCCACACCGUCUCUCACACACACACACACACACAUUCCACACUGUCACACACACACACACACACACAUUCCACACCGUCUCACACACACACACACACACACACACACACACACAUUCCACACCGUCACACACACACACACACACAUUCCACACCGUCACACAUACACACACACACACACACUCCUGUGUGUAUCAAGUAAAUGUAAAGCCCCUGAUGCGGAGGGAUUUUUUGUUGUUGUAUGAUGAAGCUCCAUGUCUGGACUGAAGAGAAGAGGAAGUAGGAAGCUGUACUGUUCAUAUUAACCACCAAGCCUGGUAAAAAAAGCCAUGUCAACUAUAAUACGUCCUCAAACAAUAAAUGUUUUUACAUA